AUGACGUCGGCGUCACCAAUUUCGACGCCUGCCGGUCCAGCGGUGGAGACCACCCCGCUGCUCACGGUCGCCCGCCAACGCUACCAUGUCCACUCGGUCGCCGAAUCCUCUGCCUCGACCGAGUACGCUCCCGAAUCGGACCUCGUCGACAUCACCAAGGACCGGUACGACCUGACGACGUUCAAGGGGCGCUUGCUCCACUUUGCGUCUGUCACCUCGCCCUUGACGCUGCUGGCGAGCAAUGCGGAGCUCAAGGGGGCGCAGGAGCUGGUGCAGGCGUACGAGGCCAAGUUUCCCGCGAACCGCACGACGGGCAGCUACCUGGUGCCACGCAGUGAAGCGGUCAAGUACUGGAAGGCCAAGCAGCUGGUGGACUCGUCGGUGCAUCCAGAUACGGGCGAGGUGAUUCUGCUGCCGUUCCGGAUGGCUGCGUUUGUCCCUACGAACCUGCUGGUCGUGGGCGGGAUGCUGAUGCCCAACCCCAGUCUGGUAGGCAUCGUCUUCUGGCAGUGGAUCAACCAGUCGCUCAACGUGGCGGUCAACUACUCGAACGCCAACAAGAGUGUGCCGAUGAACAUGAAGGAGGUCGGGCUGGCGUAUGCGGCGGCGACCACCAGUGCCGUCGGUAUUGCCGUGGGCAUGAGUCGCGGUGUGCCCAAGCUCAAGGUCAGCCCUGGCGUCAAAGGUGUACUGACCAGUUUGGUGCCGUUUGUGAGCGUGGCGAGUGCGGGGAUUGUCAACAUCAGCUGCAUGCGCUGGAAGGAGAUCAAGGAUGGUGUGGGCGUGUAUAUCCGCGAUGCCGAGGGCAACAGGCACCAUGUCGGCGAUAGCAGCAAGGCUGGCCAGAGGGCCGUUGCCAUGACCGCCGCCAGUCGCGUACUGACCAACAUCCCGACGCUCAUCCUGCCGCCGCUGGCGCUCAAGUUCCUGCAACGCGCGCGCGUCAUCCCCGCCUCCGGCGCACUCACCCGCGCCAUCGACCUCACGCUCAUCGGCACCAGCCUGCUCGUCUUCCUCCCGCCCGCCAUCGCCACCUUCCCGCAGGUCGCCAAGAUCAGCCCCACACAGCUCGAGCCCAAGUUCCACCACCUCACCGAUGCCCACGGCCAGCCCGUCUCCCAGGUCGAGUUCAACAAGGGUCUUUAA